AUGUCUCACCGGUACGACUCCCGCACCACCACCUUCUCCCCUGAAGGCCGCCUCUACCAGGUGGAGUACGCCGUGGAGGCGAUUCAGCAGGCCGGCACCGUCAUCGGCGUGUGCACGAAGGACGGCGUCGUGCUGGCGGGUGAGAAGAUGGUGCCACACCCGCUCUUUGAUAAUGAAAAUAUGCAGGACAAGAACACCAGCGGGGAGAAGAUGUACAAGAUCGCCGAGCACAUCGGUUGCAGCGUGGCGGGCGUGACGUCGGAUGCGUACGCCUUACUGAACUACGCUCGGCUUUCGGCACUGCGCCACCAGUACACCUUCCAGGAGCCGAUGGCGAUCGAGGAUCUCUGCCGCAUCCUGUGUGACGAGAAGCAGCUCUACACGCAGUACGGCGGUGUGCGCCCCUACGGUGUGUCCUUCCUGCUCAUCGGGUGGGACCGCUACUAUGGUUAUCAGCUCUACUCCACGGAGCCAAGCGGUGACUACAGCGCAUGGAGUGCGUACGCGAUCGGCCAGAACGAUCAAGUGGCGCACUCACUCUUGAAGAAGGACUGGCACGAGAACAUGACGCUAGAGGAUGGCAUGCUGCUGGCACUGCGGGUGCUGGGCAAGACGAUGGACACGGCAAAGAUCGACCUCGCCCGGGUGGAGGUGGCGGUGAUGCGCAAGGUGCCCGCUUCGAACGUUGAUCAGCUGCUCGACCCGUUCAAGCAUCACCCCAAGACGACGCCUCAGUUUCAGAUUCUCGCCCUUAGUGAACUGAAGCCGCACGCCGAACGCGCUGACCAGGCCAGGGAGGCGGAGGAGCAGGCCGAGGCGGAGCGCCAGCGCCAGCAGGAGCAGGCUCUGGAGUCGUAA